GGUUACACCUUCAGCCUGCAAACCUGCAGACCUGUGUUGAGUGGGUGUGCCCCGAUACUGAGAAGCUUUGAUGACACACAUAACGCCACAGUUGCUUCGUACACAGUAGUACGGGACAGUCAUGGGGAAGACAGGUGGAAGAGGCGACUUUGAAUGGGUCUACAAUGACCAGCCGCACACUUCAAGAAGAAAAGAAAUACUGGCCAAAUAUCCAGAGAUCAAGUCCCUGAUGGGUCCAGACCCCCAGCUGAAGUGGGUGGUAUCAGGCAUGGUCCUAACCCAGCUCUUGGCCUGUUACCUGGUUCGCGACCUCUCCUGGAAGUGGAUCUUCUUCUGGGCUUAUGCCUUCGGUGGCUGCAUUAACCACUCCUUGACCCUGGCUAUCCACGACAUCUCUCACAACGUGGCCUUUGGCAACAAGCUAGCAAAGUGGAACCGCUGGUUUGCCAUGUGGGCCAACCUGCCCAUUGGGGUGCCUUACUCCGCCUCCUUCAAGAAGUACCACGUCGAUCACCAUCGGUAUUUGGGAGGCGACCAACUGGAUGUCGACAUCCCUACAGACUUUGAGGGAUGGUUCUUCUGUACACCUGCCAGGAAAAUCCUCUGGCUCUUCCUCCAGCCCUUUUUCUAUGCCCUGCGCCCCUUGGUGGUCAAUCCCAAACCAGUGUCACAGCUGGAGAUCCAGAAUGCAGUUGUUCAGCUCACAGUAGACUUAAUUAUCUACUAUCUGUGGGGGCUGAAGCCCAUCGUUUACCUCAUUGCAGGAUCUAUCCUGUGUAUGGGACUGCAUCCUAUCUCUGGGCAUUUCAUAGCUGAGCAUUACAUGUUUCUGAAGGGUCAUGAGACAUAUUCUUACUAUGGAUCACUGAACUGGAUCACCUUCAAUGUUGGGUAUCACAUGGAGCACCAUGACUUCCCAAGCAUACCUGGCAGUAAACUACCUCAGGUGAAGCAGAUCGCAGCAGAGUAUUACGACUCCCUGCCUCAACACACCUCCUGGACCCGGGUAUUAUGGGACUUUGUGUUUGACGACAGCAUCGGCCCCUAUGCCAGAAUCAAACGGGAAUACAAGCUAAGCAAGCAGGAAUAAAUCUGUGACUGUGUUUCCCUCCAAGACAGGAAAGGGAAUUUGAGUCGUAAAAAUCUAUGGACUACUGUUAAAUACCAUUAUAUCCUCUAGUUUAAAUGUUUUUUCCCACGUAGUGUGUGGUUGUCACUGUAUGGAAAACGUAUAACAUGUUGAACAUCCUCAACUUAAAUCACAGUAAUACAUAGUUCAUCAAAAUGGGCAGAAUUCAGAUACAGCUUGGAUGGUUUCUUCACACCAUUAUUUAUUCAUGAUUCUAUUCCUGCUAUAAACAGAUGACCCGUCAUUGUAGUGAUGACGUUUCUUUGUACCCAAAAUGAUGUUGAAAAGCUGUGAUUUUCUUAUCUGUAGUUUGAGACAACAGAUGAUAGUAUUCAACAGCAAUAAACCUCAUAUUUUUGUUAAAGGUAAAGGUCACACACAUUCUCAUUAAGUUUUCCAGACAUGACUGCCUCUAUAGAUUUCUUUUCCUGCCUACAAGCAAUACGUCAGGCCUCUUAAGGAUUUCUCAAUGUGAUAAUUAGGCACACAAAGCCUCUCAGAUUACCCAAUACAAUUUCACAUCCAUCACGCAGAACAGUGCUGAGGUGGAAAAUGAGCAUUGAAACUUACCUGUCAGUAAGAGGAGCCUUUUCUUCAGUGAUGCCUCAGUCUGCUUGUUCACAGCUCUGUCUUGCUGUAAACUGUUUGGUUAUGUCUACAGGGAGCGGACAAAAUAACAAAAACUUUAUAAUGCAAAAAAGUAGUUCUUUUGAACAUUUCAGUUAGUUUUUUGUUUUAGGGGUGUUGAAUGAAGUUGAUGGUCAUCUUUGAGGCUGCAUUUUUCAUAUGUUGCUCAUCAAAAAUCCCAUAGAGUGUUAAGGUAGUGCCAAUUUUAUAAAAAUGAGACUUAUUGGGAUGAGUACCCAUCACCAUUUUCAUGCAAAUAUACAGGAACAACAUGCUACAGGGCUAGAAAUAGGACAUACUCCCUCAAUUGCUUGUCCAGGACAAAAUAUACAAUUUUAUGUAAUAAGGUGAGGAGCAAAGUCUCAAGAAAACCGCAUUUGCAAAGAAAAGCAGUAGUCCCUCACCAACAGGAUAAUGACAGCAUCACAAACUGCAGCAAAUCAACACUUCUGACCAUCUGAGUUAAAAAAAGAGCUUAAUCAAAUUAGUAGUGUUGGUUUACUGUAUUGUAUGGUGUUUGUUAUUUUGUCCACUCACUGUAUGUAUAAUUGAAUCGAUGUGUUAUGAUAAGCAUGAUCUUGUGUCCUAUAUAAAUAUCCUAUAUAAAAAAGUAAAAGAUUGUUAUAAAUAACUACUAAAAAUAAUGAGUUUACUGUUAUUUGUCAUUUCCUGUUUGUGGUAACCAGAUGUCUUAUUCUCAAGCGACCCUUUUUUUAUUUACAUACAUAUUUAAAAUACACCCUGAAGGUGAAAACCACUUUAACUUUCCACACAUACUGUAUGUACCAAAACACAUGGGACUUCCGCUCGAGAUGGUAAGUGAAAACACACACACACACACACACACAGAACAGGAUAUUGCGCAGAUGGUUGACACGUCUAUUGGUUUUGUUUGAAUGAAUUUACUUCCAGCUUUGAAAUCAGAACGUAGUUGAGAGCGAACAGAGUGGAUAGAAUGCAACAACCGAUAUUCAAUCAAAUCCUUCCUUCAAAGACACAUUUAGCUACCAUCACAUAGGCCUACUGUACCAUUCACUUUCUGCACAUUCUUAUCUAGGUAAAAUUUGCAUAUUGCCAGAGCAACCCCCUCAUUUUUUUUUCACAUUGCUACCAUUAUCAAGUUCAACAUGUCAUAUAUAUAGAGGGAAAUCUUCAUGGAAACAAACCACUAUAAUAAAUGUACCACCGUUUGUGUGUUUUUUUUCCUUUUUAUUACUUCUCAAACCAAAUGAAAACUAAUUUAUAGAGGUGGGGUUUCAUGCAUACUCGGGAGGUUCACAAAGUAUAGGAUGACUAAUAGAUAGUACUACAUUGUUUUAUAUCUAGGUAAAACCAGGUGGCACAUUUACAGUUAUCGGCCUGUUUUGUGAAUGAUCCCCAAGUUUUAAAUGAUCUCACACAUCUGAACAGGUAGAGAGAAACCUUUACCUCGGUCACACUGGAGUCAUAGAGCAGACUAUUAUUUCUCAUGUUAUUGACUUCCUUGAUUAAUUGCCAAAAAUUGCUCAUUUGUAACGUGUUAUGCCUUGGAUGUGGAGGAAAGGGGUAAUUUCAAAGGCUAAUUGUGAUUCAAACAUUGAAGUUUUCCAACAUCUCUGGAGAGAAAAGGUUAGA